ACUCAUUUUAGCAACAGUCACAAGACAGGAAGCAUGUUGUGUAAUGGUUCCCAAAUGAAACAAACAGAUAAGCACUGGUUUCAGUGUUCAUCACCAGCAAUGCUCUUCUGUGAAACAAUACUUUGAAAAGCAGUAGUAACGAAUGCUGUGUUGAGUCGUACAGAAAUGUUCGGCCUUUGUGGAUUUUGCCCUUUGUUUAUCAUUCAUAGUUGAUUUAUUACUCUGUGGUUCAAGGGCGUGUUAUUCAGUUCCCUCAUUCUGCAGACAUUCUUUCUGAGUAUUGCGCUUCCUUCAGCUCUCACUGGAUUCAUCUUAACGGGAUAUAAUGGACCUGAAAGAGUACUUGAACAGGAUUGGGUUUACUGGCCAAUAUGACAAACCCGACCUGGACAAUUUGUUCACCAUCCACAAGCUGCAUGUUAUGAAAAUUCCAUUUGAGAACCUCAGCAUCCAUUCUGGCGAGAAGAACACUAUGGACCUGCACAUCAUCUAUGAUAAAAUAGUCAAGAGCAACCGGGGAGGCUGGUGUUGUGAAAACAACCUCUUGUUCUCAUGGGUCCUGAAGGAAAUGGGAUACAAAUUCACCAUGCUAGGCUCCAAAGUGUUCAACUCACUGGAACAGGAGUUCUUCACCAUGGACUCUCAUCUUAUCAAUCUGGUGGAGAUUGAUGGGAAGCAGUACAUUGCAGAUGUGAGCUUUGGAGUGUCGUGCCAAAUCUGGCAUCCCUUAGAGUUGAUCUCAGGUAAAUACCAGCCGCAGCCUCCAGGUGUAUUCCGCCUCAUAAAUAAUGGCAUGCAGUGGGUUUUGGAGAGGACCAGAAGGAAGCAAUUGGUCCAAGAUAACGCCUUUGCUAAUUCCAGCCUCGUUGAUAAACGGCUCAUCAAAACAUUAUACUCCUUCACAUUAACACCCCGUGAUGCAGAUCAUUUCCGAGAGAUGUCUGAUUUACUGCAGACUAGUCCAGACUCUCUGUUCAUGCUCAAAUCCAUUUGCUCCCUUCAGACGCCCACAGGCUUCAGAGCUCUGAUUGGUUGGACGUACAGCGAGGUCACAUUCAAAGAAGACUCAGACUUGGUGGACAUGAAGGAAGUCCCAGACUGUGAGAUAGAGGCUUUACUGAGGGAAAAGUUUAACCUGGUGCUAGUAAAUAAAUUCACACCCCAAAACAACAAAGCUGAUUAUUGCAUCUAGAACUCAGCUCAUCUAAUAAUUUUAGUAAUCAGGGUGUUUGCUUGAAUAUUGAGAUAAAAAUGGUACUCUCUGAAGGCUCUGCUUUGUUGUCUUUUAUUAUUUUGUUAAUGCUCUCUAUAUACAUUUAAUCAUUUUUCAAUAUUUUUGUUAUUUAGGCUGUGAAACCAUGUCUCCAUUUUAAGGUUGCAAAUGUCAUAGAACGAUGUGGAGGAAUAAUUUUCCAUUGCAUUUGCUUGACAUAACAAUAGGCCUACUCGUUGAGUCGUUGGAUUUGUACUUGUCAGAUGAACUACACCGAGAAGGAUGUAAUUAGCAUCAUUCAGUAGACUGUGCUCAUUAUUACCUUUGUCUACUUUGUCUCCUACUUUCAGCUCUUUUCUUGCAUAUUCUGCCUCACUGCUGGGCUGGUAUAAAUGUUUGAUACAUGUGAAAUUUUGUUAGUCUACAAACAAAUAAACAAUAUAUGAUGUCA